AUGACAAAGGAGUGGGGUCUUGGGAAGCGGGUCGUGUGUGUAUACCAAUCACGGGGAGCAGAAACAGAGACAGAAAACCUGAAGGACCUCAUCUUGCCCCUGCGCGAUGCGUCCCGAAAGCUGGUCCGCGAGUGGGGGUUUCUCCGGCCGAGACUCGCCGGCUCGGCUCUCUCGCCCGCCGCGGUGCACUGCCUGAUCGAGAUCGGCGACCACAACGUGCGCGUCUUCUCGCACCUCUGCGCCGAGCUCAAGAUGUCGCCCAGCCACUUGAGGCGCACUGUGGCAGAGCUCGUGGCCCGAGACCACAUCACCGUCGAAAGUCGGGAGAAGCAUCCAUCCGCAGGCGAACAAGACAACACAAUCUACUGUCUUACUCUGGCCGGCGCGAAGACGCUGGGCGAAAUCAAUACGUACGCCGAGACCCAGGUCGCCCAGGCCUUGGCCACGGCGCCUCCGGGCACAGGGACCGCUCUGAUCACGGCGUUCCGCGUCUAUGCUGCCGCUCUGGAGGUGUCGAGGCGCGACAGCACGGCCACUUCCCCGGGACUGCUGCCCAGCACCCCUGAGCAAACUCCCCGCGCGAGCCCGGAGCCGACCCUGGGUCUGCGUUCGCCGCCACCUCCAGCGGCCGCCGUCACUAUUGUCCCGGGGUACCUCCCGGGCAUCCUGGGCCGGCUGCUGGAGAUGCACAUGGCCUACUACUCGCGCGAAUACAACUGGGGCAGCGUGUUCGAGGCUGGGCUGGGUGCGGCAAUGAGCAACCUGCUGACGCGGCUUGACCACCCCCGCACCCAGGCGUGGUCGGCCGUGCAGGGAGGCCGCAUUGUCGGCACCGUCGCCAUAGACGGCCAGUACCCGGGCUACGAUCCCGACGUCGCUCGGGUCCGCGCCUUUAUCGUGGACGAGUCAACGCGCGGGCUGGGCGUGGGGCGGAAGCUGAUGGCAGCUGCUAUGCAGUUUCUGCGUGACGUUGGGUUCCGCGAGUGCCGGCUGUCGACGAUGAGGAGCUUGACGGUGGCGAGAGCCAUGUACGAGAAAGAAGGCUUCAGGAUAUUCAGUGAGACCUGGACCAACCGCUUUGGAAACGGCCACAUGGAAAUGGAGUAUCUGUGGCGUCGAGACGGCGGUGGUGGCCUAGAGGCAGAGGCCUAA